AAACCUUGCCCUAACACUGCGGAUAGAUAGAUGCUCUGUGCAAUCGAUUACGCUAACUAUAUAUACUGUAAGGAUUCUAUAGGCUUUUUGGAAGCAGUUAUUUUCAGUUCACAAAAUUUCGCACAAAAGCAUUUGCAUGCAAAGCUGGUGUUAUGUUACAGAUUGUUGAUGGUAAAAAUUGUCCUUUGUUUUUUUUUUGCCCGCCCCCUCCCCUUACUUUGUGUGCUAGUAUGUUAGCCCUUUAGCCAAUGCUACCCGAAAAUAUUCUAAUAUAACAUAUGGGUAGAUAAUUAGAUUUUUUAAGUGUAAACAGUGAAGCUUGUUUGGAUAAUCACGGCCUCUCUGCUAUUCUCAGUGAGUUUGUACUUUCAGCUUUAACAUGGCGGAAAACAAUGCAGAGUCAGCUCACUCUCCAGCUACGGUGGAUAAUAAAAAGUCGACACACCCUGUUGAAGGUUUUUUGUGAUGUGAAUGAGAACCAAGUCCAGUAAUGUCAGAUCUGUUUACACCUUUAAUGGGAAAUAGCAACCAACAAAAUUCACCUGAAAAAACAAAUGAAAACAUUUAAGGAAGAAAAAGAAAAAAAUUGGCUGGUUUGUGCCCCCAUUUAUAAUAUGGUGCUCAAAUUGAACCAAAAAUGUUCAAAUUAGUAUUAAUUACCACACAUCCGUCAUCCGUGAAGUGAUCCUGAUUAACCGCAAAUAAAUAUCCUAUCGGAUUUCUUUCCCAUCUUCUUGGUUUCAACGGACUGUUGAAGCCAUGGUUCGUAAAGAGCUUGCAAAGCAUGUCAGGGAUCUCAUUGUUGAAAGGUAUUUAUUAGGAGAGGGUUACAAAAGAAUCUCCAAGACAUUAGCUGUACCAUGGAGCACCGUGAGGGCCAUCAUCAACAAGUGGAAGAAGUGGGGCACCACAGUGUCGUUACCAAGAACAGGACGUCCUUCCAACAUUGACAAAAGGACAAGACGAAAACGUAUCAGGGAGGCUGUCGAGAGACCUACGGCAACUUUAAAGGAGCUGCAGGAAUAUCUGAACGUCAGUAGCGUGACAGAGGAACGUCAGAAAGAGACGGAGACGCCAUUAGGUGCCGAGGUUCCUAGAUCCGAUUCGUCCAAGCAGGGCGUCGAGGAAGACGAGCUGGACGGGCUUCCUGUUUUUGGAGCGGAUGAAGAAGAGGGUGAUAUGGAGAGCAGCUCCACUCAGAAAGACAAGCGGACUGAUGAAAAAGAUGAUAAUGAAAACAGUAACAGUGUCUCGCCUAAAGAUAACGAAGCAGUUGAAGGUGUGCAGCACUCUCAGCCGGAGGACAGACCCUCACAAAACGAAGGCAGUGCAUCAUCACAGGAAAAAGGAAGCCGAGAGGAAAUCCUGCAUUCUCCGUUGAAGAAAAUAAAGGAUGAGCCCAUAGAUGAGGACUAUGAUAAAGCGCUCAUCAGUUCUUCGCACUCAGACAUCAGCCGUGUUAAAGAGGAGCUCGAGAAUGGAGAUCAUGAGUCAUCGGUUCCUCUGGAUGAAUUGAGGAUCAGCUCUGUCUUUUCUGUUAGAGGAAACAGUGAUGCCAUUACUGCUCCUGUUGCAGCCCCACAACCGCCUCCGUUCUCUGCUAUAACUCAGCCAGCCUCUGCAAUCAGACCACCUCCUAUAGUCCUGCAGGCUCAAAUGCAGCCUCAUUUUCAAGCACAUCUCCAGCUUCAACCCAAGACCUUGGCCCAGCUUCAACCGCAUCUGCAAACUCACCUUCAGGCACAGCUUCAAACUCAUCUCCAACCUCAACUUCAACUCCAAGCACAGCUUCAAGCGCAGCUUCAAACGCAGCUUCAACCGCAACUCCCACACCAGCUUCAACCGCAGCUCCCACACCAGCUUCAACCGCAGCUCCCACACCAACUACAACCACAGCUCUCGCACCAGCUCCCACCCCAGCUCCAGCCGCAGCUCCCACCCCAGCUCCAGCCUCAGCUCCCACCCCAGCUCCAACCACAGACCCCACCGCAGCUCCAGACACAACCGCCACCCCAUCCGCAGGCUCAGCCCACACACCAGCUUCAGACACAACCCCCACCACAACAGCAGCCCCCUUCUGGUCCUGUGCGAAUCUGCUGUUCAGGCUGCUCUAAGGUUCUUCAGAAAGGUCAGACUGCAUUUCAGAAGAAGGGCUCCAAUCAGCUCUUCUGCUCUACCGUGUGUCUGACUGGAUUCACCCUACCUCCAGCCCCCAAUAUUGCCCCAAAGAAAACCUGCCACCUCUGUCUCAAGGUGAUUGGGAAUCUAAAAGACUUGAUAACAGUCCCAGUCGAUGCAGCAAACACCUUGAAGGAGUUUUGUAGCCUGUCUUGUCUGAGCAUUUACAAGUCCAGAGUGGAAGGUUUAACUGAAGAGGAUGCCGUUGUCAGAUGCGCCGUGUGCAGAAAUCCCAGUGAGAUUCAACAUGAAGUGAAUCAUCAGGGCAUUCUGCACCGUCUCUGCAGCGACGAAUGCUUCUCACGCUUCCGAUCAUCCAAAAGGUUAUCCAUGAGCUGCUGCGAGAGCUGCGGCAACUGCACCGUCACAGGAAACUAUCACCUCGUUCAGAUAGAGGACGCUGUUAAGAAAUUCUGUAGCCCAGCCUGCAUCUGCGCUUAUAAACAGAAAAGUGGUAAGAGAGUCUACUGCCCCUGCUGUCAAGAUUUUAAAGCUAUGGAUCAGAUGUUGGAAGGCACGAAUGCGCAAGGAGUCAUAGAGUUCUUCUGCUCCUCCAGAUGUGUGGCUAAUAGUCAGGCGUCCUGCACUUUGUCAGGUGCUUCAUUCCCAUGCACAAAUUGCCAGAAGUUAGCUGUUCCUCAGUAUCACUUGGUGAUGCCUGACGGAGCCAUUCGGAAUUUCUGCUCGUACGAGUGUGUUGGCAGAUUCCAGGAGAGGCUGCAGAGGUCCGCUCAAAUUAACGGCGGAUCCUAUCACAGUCCAAACACGGGUCCCCAUCCUCCUGUACCUCAUCAUCCGUCUGCCCAAGGAUUUAAUCCACCUCAUAAUGCAGUGCCUGUUUUGAAUCAAAACACCAUCUCGCCAUAUGUGCCUGCUUCCCGACCGACAAACCCACAAGACCCCCAGCAUCAGCCAGAAGCUCUCGGCCCGGUCAAACUCGCCUGUAAACAGUGCCAGAAGCAGUUCAGCUCGAAACCCGAAGUCCUACAGUUUAAGAAUCAUGUGGGCCUCUUCUGCUCACGCCUCUGUUGCGACAUGUAUAAGAGGGAAAGAGAUGUCAAAGCAGUGUGCGAGUACUGCAAAGAAGAAAAGGUGGCCAAGGAAAUUGUCGUCUAUGAGAAGCAGCCGCGGGCUUUCUGUUGUGAAGGCUGCAAACUACUCUACAAACAUGACUAUGCCAAGCAGCAUGGGGGUCAGUGCAGAGUUUGUGCUUUCUGUUGCAAUGUGACCCACAAAACCAUCCAGAAUCACUUCGGAGGCAAGCUGGAAGAGUUCUGCUCAGAAGAGUGCAUGUCUCUCUACACCGUUCUCUUCUACGAGAUGGCAAAGUGUCAUGCUUGUAAGAAUCAGGGACCGCUUAAGGAGAGCAUCAGAUGGGAUGAAACUGUCCGACACUUCUGCAACCUGCACUGUCUUUUGCAUUUUUGCUCCAAGAGUAUCAUCCCAGAUCAGCCAAACAGCAAUGGUAUUAAUACUGCUGCCACCACGGCUCAAGCCCCACUGUCUCUCUCGAAGGACAUGCCAGUAAUCGGUGGUGUUGUGUCAUUGGCUUCUGCUCUGGCUGGCAACACUGCACUCACAGGAGCACUGCCUACCUCAAACGCCAGCUCCAAAAUCAUAGGCGACGCAAGCACCCAAACGGAUGCCGCGGUGAAUGGCGAUCCUCAGCAGCGACGGAUGCUGAAGAAUAAAGCCGUCAUGUGCAAACCCAUCAAUGAUGAGCAGAGCAUCCAGUGUGAUCUUGAACCUCCAAAACUACUGUCUGAGACCGUUAUUGAUGAAAACGGAGAGAAAGUGAGACUGAUCCCUGUGCCUAUACCUAUUCCAACACCCAUAUACAUUCCUGUGCCUGUCCACCUGUACACACAGUACACACCAUUUCCUCUGGGAUUCCCACUUCCUAUACCUGUGCCACUUUUUGUGCCAAAUUCUCCGGAAUCUGCACAGCCAAGUUCCACUAAAGGCAGCGUCCCUUCACAAAGCUCAGUGGAGGAUGAAGAUGUGGAAAAGGGCAAGAGCAGGCCCCUGUCCCACGGAGACCAGGGCAGUACAUACAGUGGGGAUUUGGAGUCAGAGGCCAGGUCAACUCCUUUCAGUUGGGCGGAUCCUGAAGAUUCUUCACACAAUCUUAAGCCAUCAGUUCCUUUAUCUGAACAAGAGGGACCAAAAGAUGCUCCUGCUUCCUCCACAGCAUGCAACUUGCUAGAUUUGGAAAAGGACUUUCCUCUUGCAUCAAAUGAUCACGAAGCAGCAAAGGAGCAGAAAUCACCAGCAAAACGGCGCAAGAGAGGAAAGAAGAUAUCUGAUGUUGAAGAACCGAAGAGUUUCAAAGAAGAACUGGAUGUAGUUGAUUGUGCACAGUUCAUCUUGGACACUAAUAUCGAGCAGUUCAAUGUGGAUUCUUGUCAACAUGGUGGAACACUGGGGAGAAGUAUUUUCAUUAGCUCAGAAUGCGCUCCAAUUGAUGAUGAGCUGGACGAGGAACAAAACACGUUUAAAUACGAUGAAGAGCUUACCCCAUCAAAUGGGUCAAUGGUAUCUUCAAGGCCAAGCCUGAAAUCAACGAAUAAAACCAUUAGAGCUCAGACAUCAUGCACCAAAAAACAGUUCUGUGUUUACUGUCAAAAAUCAAAUACCAAAAUAGCAAGGCACUUGGAGCGAAUGCAUUCAAAUGAAACAGAUGUAGCAUAUGCCCUCAGCUUUCCGAAAAAAUCUAAAAGACGACACAUGCUUCUUGAACAGCUUCGCAAGAAAGGCAAUUAUAAGCAUAACAUUGAAGUUAUUCGCAAUGGAAAUGGGGAUAUAGUUAUGCAAAAACAAACAAAAAGAAAAAGGUCUGCGAAGGAAUACUUGCCUUGCCAAUAUUGCCUAGCUUUCUUUCUCCGGGAAGGGUUGGAGAAACACGAGUACGCAUGCAGGAGAAAAAUGCUUUCAAAUUCUUUGGAGUCUUUGGAACAACAGGACUCGAAACAUGAGUCCUGCUUCCAGUCCACUACAGAGCACAAUGCGCCAUCACUUGUCAACUUGGUCCAAUUGCAAAUUCCAUGUACCAGCUCUGAAGCCAGGUCACAUCCCGAAUCAACCUUCCACAGUAUUGAAACCUGCUCUUUCUCAAGUGCUCAAUCAAGUCCGGGAUUUUCUGAUCAAAUAAAUCUAAAACCUGGCCUUGGAUCAAGUCAUACAUUUAGUCAAUCUAGUCCUGAAUCCUUACUUCCUAUUAGUUCUGAUCUUGGUCAGUCUCCUGUCCAAGCAGAUUUCUCUGAUGAAUGCACCAUGACAUCUAGUCCGCAAUCUAGCCCUCAAUCUAGUUUUGAAUCCCACUUACAGUCCAAUGAGAUAUCAAGUCCUGCAACUGUUCAUCCUAUUCCCAAACCUUGUGACCAGAGUAGCCUUAUAAUCACUGCUGAAAGUAGCCCAAAGUCCAGUAAGACAAGUUUUGAGUUGUGCCUACCAGAAUCUGGCCCACUGCCUUAUCCUGAAUCAAGUCCUAGUCAUUUAAGCAUUGACUUGUGCUUCGAAGAUGUUUUGAGGACCAGUCCUGAAACCAGUCUCCCCAGUAUUCCUGAAUAUUGCAACAUCGAUGGAUCCAGCAUAAAAACGACUCUAGAAUCGUGUCUUGUAAGCAGUAUGAUGUACGCCGAUGCAUCUGGGAGUGCAAAUUUGAAUGCUGAAUCGUUCUGUCAGGCCAUUGCCAGUCAAAUACCAAGCCCAAAUCCUACUCAACCAAGUUUGGAGUCCUGCUUUUUAGCCAGUAUGGGAUGUGAACUCGGGCCACCACGCAGUCCGGAAUUGUCUAAUCAAACAACAUUUGUGUUGAGUCAUGAAUCUACUCUUCAAUCCAAAUUUGAAUCCUGCAGACAUGAUGAGAAAUCAAGCCUUAAAACUAGUCCUUGUUGUAGUCCUCAGUCUUAUCAAGAAAGCCAAAGCAGUGCUGAAUACAGCCCAGAUGCCAGUCAGACAAGUUUUGAAUUGUGCCUCUCCUCCAGCCCUGAAAAUAGCUCUGAAAAUUCAGAUGCUAGUCCUCAGAUUAUUUUUGAAUCUUGCUUUGAGCCAGUUUUCCAAUCUAGUUCUAAGACAAGUCUCUUUCCUGCUCCUGAAUCUUUCCACUACCAAGGUGUUGAGUCCAACGUGAACCCUACGACUGAACACUGUCUCACAUCCAGUAUGAAGUGCAGCAGUCCUCCACCCAGCAGUCCUGAGGCUAAUACAGAGUCUGUACCACAGAUCCUCAGUGCCGGCUCCCACUACCUGGACUCGGAUGCCCCAAGUGGGCUUGUUUGCAAUUUGAUUAAUGCUGACAGCUCAGACAUGUCUCCUGCAGAAAGCUUGAUGUAUCAAAAGAAGUCUCUUGAGAUUGUUGAUGUAGACUCCAAUUCACAGUGUGAGACAGAAUCUACCCUAAACCUCAAAAAGUGUUCUGGUUCACUCUCAAGCACAAAGUCUAGUCCACAAUCUAUUUCAAAUUUGAGUUCAGUCUGUAAUAGCUCUUCUGAACCAGCGAUGUCCCAACAGAUAAGUUUAAACAAAACACCAGAUGGUGAAAGGUUACGGAUGAAAAGGCAGUUCUGUCUUUACUGUAAGAAGCCCUAUGUCAAGAUGGCACGGCAUUUAGGCCAAAAGCAUGCAAAAGAGAUUGAUGUAGCACAUGCUCUUACUUUUAGAAAGGGAUCUAAAAAACGGCUUCUUCUGUUUGAACAGCUUCGAAAGAAAGGGAACUAUCAGCAUAAUGUUGAAGUUCUUAAAAAUGGAAGUGGAGAGCUUAUCACCUGUAAACGAGCAACUAAAGAUCAUUCUGUAGGUAUGUACCUGCCUUGUCAAUAUUGCCUGGCGUUUUAUAUUCGCCAUGAUCUGUGGAGGCAUGAAAAACGUUGCCGAGUGAGAACGAAUGGUAACCCUGUUUGCCUUAAAAGGACUGUAUCCACAAUGUUGCUUCCAAUGCAGGGUAGUGUUUCUGGAGAUUUGGAAGAAGCUAUUCAUAGUAUGAAGCAAGACAGUGUCUUGAAUCAUAUACGAGAUGAUGCUCUGAUUUGCAAGUAUGGCGCUAGGCUUUUUGUAAAACUUGGACAUGGUAAAAAGCAUCAGAUGUAUGUAACACAGAAGAUGAGGGAAUUAGCGAGAUUUAUGCUAGUUGUGAAAGAGUUAGACAGAAGUGUUCAGUAUCUGCAUCAUCUGUGCACUCCGUCCAGGUUUGAUUUGGUCAUUAAAGGUGCAAAGAUAGUUAGUGGGUUUGAUGAAACUUUGAGCAAAUUUGAAAAGCCAUCUCUGGCCUUCAAAAUUGGCAAUUCCAUAAGACAAGCAGCUGAAAUUAUUUGCGGUGAGAAUGUUAUGGAGGGUGAUACAGAGACUGUUGCUAAUGUUAAAGAGUUUAUUGGGCUUCUUGAGAAAAAUUGGAUUUCCAGUGCUAAAAACGCGGACCCAGUCGAUCCCGAUAGCACUGAGGUCGACAGUUGCUUAGACAAGCCUACCACAGCAUGUCAGGAGAUUUGUCCCGUGUCGAGCAACCCCAGCAAAAAUCUCAAGCCUGAGUUAUGUGCUCACAGUACUAGUCAGGACGUUGGCAAAAAUGUGGAUAGCCCUGAGAAGUUAUUUUGUGGCACUAAAGCCAUAGUGUCGUCUACCAGCACUAGCGCAGCACAGUCUUCUAUACAGUCUAUGUCUUAUUCACAGUCAGGUGUGUUACCUUUAAUAAUAAGAACAGCGAAAGGUGGAAAAAAACACUUCUGUGUUUAUUGUAGGAAACCCUUCAUCAAAUUAGCAAGGCACUUGUCACGGAGCCAUGCAAAAGAAAAGGACGUAGCGCAUUUUCUCAGCCUCCCAAUGGGAUCCAAAACUCGACAUUGCUUGCUUAAACAGCUUCGUAAUAGAGGUAAUUACCAUCAUAACAUCAAAGUUCAGCAAACUGGAAACGGGGAAAUCAUCCCACUGAGGCGGCAAAAAAAAGAUAAUUCAUUAAAUUCCUACCAACCUUGCGCUCACUGUCUGGGUUUUUUUCUUCAACGUGACUUGUGGAGGCAUCAAAGAUCAUGCGAAAUGAGGAAAGAUGAUGAAAAUCUCCCUCGUAGAAGAAGAAGAUCUCGAUCGGCCUUAUCUAAGAAUUUUGUCUUGCACGAGUGCCUUUCUGAGGGCUGCCAAAAUGUUGUUCGCAACAUGAGAGACGAUGACGUCUCGAAAUAUUUAAGGAACGAUACCUUAAUCUGCAAAUUUGGAAAUAGGCUUUAUGAAAAGCAUGGGCAUGAAAAGGAAGGACACGAAUACAUAUCACAAAAAAUGAGAGCACUAGGUAGAUUUAUGUUGAUCGUGAGGGAAUUGGACCACAAUGUUGAGGAUCUGUAUCAAGUAUGUACUGAAUCCAGGUUCAGUUUGGCUUUGGAAGCUGUCAAGAAGGUCAGCGGUUUUGAUCCGGACUCGAACAGAUUUAAAAAAUCGGUAGCAUUGAAAAUGGGUUAUUCAUUGAAGUGUGCCACUGAAGUUGCUUUGGAAGAGAAUGAUAUGGCAGAUGAAGCUAGAAAUCAGGCCAAAAAAUUCAUUGAGCUGCUGGGAACAGAUUGGCUUCCUUAUGAACCUUCAAAUCCUUGUAAGCAGACUGAACGAGAUAUAAUACAUCUGAUAGAUGAUGUCGUCAAACUACAGAACUUCCUGAAAAAUACUGAAGACAAAGCCAUAGUGGAACUUAUGGAGCGUCCUAAUUGUAAAUCAUGGCAAAGGCUACGUGAAAGCCUUCUUGCUCAAGUGACUCUGUUUAACAAAGGAAGGAGGAACAUAGUUGAGAAAAUGCUGCUUGAGGAGUACAGACAGAAGGACAAAGAGCCUUUCCAUGGACAAAUGUGUGAACCCCUAUCCAAGCUGGAACAGGCUCUUAGCGGUGUGUUAAUAAGAGUGGGAGUCUCUUGUAAAGAGGGAAGUUGGAUUCCUGUUUUGUUUACUGAAAGGAUGGCAUCCUCUCUAGACAUCCUUAUCAAAUACCGUGAGGAUGUAGGUGUUCCCGUGGACAACCCUUACAUGUUUCCCCAAAUGACUGCUGACGGUCACAUAAGAGCACAUGACUGCGUAAGGAUCUUUGCCCAGAAUUGUGGUGUAACCAAGCUUGAAGUUCAUAUGCGUAAGAAUGUGGCUACUAUUUUCCAAAUACGGAGCCUUAACUGCAGUGAAAAGCAGCAGGUAGCUGCGCUUGUGGGCGACAACAGCUUUGACCUCCAAACACUGGAUGAAAACUUCUUGCAGUUGGCGAAAAUCUGCAACCUCUUGCAAACAAUGGACGAAAGUCCUGGUUCAUACGAGGAGGCAGAUCUUGAUGAUGCUCCUGCCCUAAUGUGCAAAAGGAAAAAUUGGAACCAGGAGGAACAACGAGCUGUGAGGAAGCAUCUGGGAAAUUAUAUAUCCAUCAAUAAAGUGCCAGGCAAAAAGGACUGUCUGGAUUGUAUUAUGACUGAGCCAGAGGCUCUCAGGACAAGGACGUGGCGGGACGUUAAAAAUUACAUCCAUAACACUAUAAGGUCAAAGAAAAAGAAGAGAAAGGGUUCAAGGCAGAUGGACAGUGAAAGCAACGGAGAUAAUCUCGGUGAAGUUGUUGCCAUGGAGCCUGCCACAAAAAGACCUCGUCGUAAAGGAAGACGAAGACGGCGUAUGUGAAUAUAACACGACUGAUAUGCACAUUAAAACCAGCCACUUUUGCUUGGGAGGAGAAUUGAAUGGUUAACAAUUUGAGCUUGCUUAGAAAAACACAGUGGAUAUUGAAGAUCUUGACAGACUACAUAUUCCUGUGUGAACCAGAAAGAUGAUAUUAGCUGUAGAAGACUUGUAUCCCAUUUUUCAUUUCUCUCUUGAUUUUGUCAGUAACUGAUUGCUUAAGAGUAGAAGCUGAGAGUACUUUAUUGCAUAAAGCUGGCCGACAUUUCUUUCCCCCCAGUUACCAGUUCCGUAGGUGAGCAUCUCAGCCGGCUGUUGGAUUCUCAUUAUUUCUGACGUUUAUACAUGCACAGCUUGUAGCUUUGAUAUUCGAUAUGCCUAAGUAUUGCAUCCAAAAUUGAAUUAGAUAAGAUUAUUCUUAAAUUGUAAUAUAUAACACCUAUUUUGUUAAACACUUUAAAGACCAGACAGUAAUUUCUUCCUGCACUCAUGGUACUUUGGGGCCUCGGGGUUUGAUUAUUCUCUAAAAAAAGAAAGAAAAAAAAGAAGAAGAAGAGUUCAUCCCGAAGUGUUUACUUCCUCUUAUACCAUGGCACUUUUCAUUUAUUACAAAAAAAUCAGACAAUUUUUCUUGUCUGUUUAUAUUUACGAUUACUAUUGAGGAACGUCCGUGAAGCUUAAUUUUCGUUAUAACAUGUUAAAUAAAAAUCUUGGAGAAAGAGUAACAGCUCUCUUUUGUUUUUGUUCUUCUGUUAAACGACAGCACCAUAUGACGUUUUGUUCUUUACGUACAAAAUGAUUUCCUUCAAGUGCUUUAGGUUUAUUAGCCUGAUUUUCUAGUGAGUUUCAUAUGAUUCACUGUUCAUUUUGAGGUAUUACUGACAUUGAGAACAGAUUUGUGUUUUUAUUUUUAAUUU